AUGGAGCCUGAAUGUGCUGAACUGCACACGCGGCUCCCCCAUCCCGCGGGCAGCCUCAUGGGUCCCCUGAAGACGGUUGUUCUGCUCUCCAUGCUGCUGGACCAGGCUUUUCUCCUGACCCAGGAGCGCCAAGAUCUUCCGACCGAGGAACCGGUCCCCAGUCUCCAUGUGAAGUUCGACCCCAGGAGAAUGGAAUUGAGUUGGGACUGCAAAGAAAAUGCUACUUACGUCGAAUGUGUGCUGAUUCACAAGGAUGAAGGACCGAUUUGCUUAAAGCUCAAGAAUAAAGAAUGUCACUGCACGUUCCAGAACUAUCCUCUCCACGAGGGAGUCACACUCACGGUGAAAAUAAAUACCAGCCAGAAACAGAUUUCAGAGAAACUGGUCUACACUAACCCAGGUGGAGAGGGCACAGCUGCCCAGAACUUCUCCUGUUUUAUCUACAAUGUGAAUUUCAUGAAUUGCACUUGGGCAAAGGGCCAAGCGGCCCCUGAUGACGUCCAAUACUUUUUGUAUAUACAGGAUUCAAAGAGAAGAGGGGAAAGAGAAUGUCCGCAUUACGUAGAAGACUCAGGAACUCACGUAGGAUGUCACCUCAAAGACCUCUCUGGAUUAAGCACCUACACUUACUUCCUGGUUAACGGGACCAGUCAAGGAACGGGAAUCCAGUUCUUCGAUUCGAUUUUGUCAUUAAAGAAAAUAGAGAGAUACAGCCCGCCCAGCAACAUCACCGUGCACUGCAACGGAUCCCACUGCCUCAUCCGCUGGGGAAAACCCAGGAGCCGACGGCCGGCGAGCGACAGGGAUUUCCAGUAUCAGCUGGACAUCCAGAGGCCGAUCGAGGUGCCGGGCGAUUCAGAAAAUAAAUACAACUUUCCGAGUCCGGAGCCCAGAGCCAGGCAUACCGUGAAGAUACGAACCGCGGAUGCGAGGGACCCCCAGUGGAGCGCCUGGAGCCAGCCCGUCGAGUUCGGCUCUGAGGAACUGGAAGCCAGCGUUGCGCACGUGUACGUGCUGGUGGUCCUGGGGACCCUGGUCUGCGCCCUGAUCCUUGUCUACCUGUUUAAAAGGUUCCUCUGGAGGCACAGUUUCCUCCAGCCCGUUCCAGGGAUCAAAGAUAAAUUGAAUGACAACCAUCAAACCGACCCCCAGAUCAUGUGGGAGAAAUUAGCUUCGGGUGCAGGAAAAGCUGACAACGAGGAGAUCCUAAUGGUAGAAGAAGUCGCAGAAGCCCCAGCGAGCGGGUGA